AUGAAGGAAAGCAAGAAUGUUUGUGUGGCCACUUGCAGCGCUGUUACUCGUUGUCGUAGCAGGCAGCCUGAUAGAAAAAAUGAGGCAUGGGAUGGAUCACAUGAAGUAACCUUCUCUGUUACCUUUCCUUCACCUACAGCUGAUGAUUGCGACUUCACAGCAACGAUCCAGUGCUCCAGUCAUGGCUACAGGUAUGCCGAAUGUAUCGUCCCGGGAGGAUACGACUUCGCCAUUAUCACAGUUAUCAACAGAUUGUCCCGCUCCAGUUGUACACUGGGGAGUAGCUAUGGUUACCGGAACGGGAGGCUUUGGGUUGACCGUGGCUGCCGGGCUGUGUUCUCCGUAUGUCAAUGCCGGAAGUUAGUCUCCAUGAACUGCGACAGUUUGGGCUACACGUUCAAGAGCUGCCCUGUGCCAGGUGCCGCCGACGUUACCAAGAUCGCAUUGAAGAGUAAAGGGUCAAGGUCACCCUGCAUGUUGAAUACAAGUUUUGGACGCGACAGUAAAUCGAUAUGGGUAGACAGAGGGUGCAGAGCGACAUUUGACGUCUGCUACGAGUAG